CGUUGGCAAAAGACGGAGAAAAAGAAAGGGUUAGUCUCCCACAAAGUGUACCAAGACGAAGGAGUUCUUCUUUACAGUAUAACCAAGGAUUAAAAAUGCCUGGUCCUUCACGUGGUCAGUUGGCACGUGCUGCUUCGGUCAACCAUGAAGAUGAUGUCCAUCUCACUAAAGACCAUUACCGACUGAUUGUGAUGGGAGGAAUUAAGGUCGGUAAAACUUCAAUUAUCAACCAAUUUCUAAAUGACAAGUUCAUUUCCAAUUACACGCCGACUUUAGAAGAGCUUCAUAGCACCGAGUAUGAGGUAGGUGGCAAUAUUAUAAAGUUGAAUAUCCUAGAUACCAGCGGGAGUUACGAGUUUCCUGCAAUGCGUCGGCUAGCUAUUAGCUCAGCAGAUGCUUUCAUGCUGGUUUAUUCAAUAGACAAUAAUGAAUCUUUUGAAGAAAUCGCUCGAUUAAGGGAACUAAUUCUAGAAACAAGACCACCAUCUGUUCCGAUUGUGGUGGUUGGCAAUAAAUGCGACUUAGAAGAAAAGCGUGUUGUGAAGAAAGAGCUGGCAGAGACGAUGGCAUGUAUUGACUGGGAGCAUGGCUUCGUCGAAUGCUCAGCCAAGAUUAAUCAAAAUGUAACGAGUAUUUUCAAGGAACUGUUUCUGCAGGCUCGUUUGGAUAAACCAAGUUCCACUCCUCCUCUCCCGAAAGGGCGGCGAAGAGCGUCACUUCCGGUAAACGCCCUAUCGGCAACUAUGAAGGGGAAGCCUACACGGAAGCGGAACAGUUGUGCUGUGUCUUGAAUACCAAAGCAGCAAUGAAGUGGAUGAAAGAGGGUGAUGGUAAUCAGCUUGCGAAAGAAUGGCUUAUCUAAAAUAAAUUAUUGAAACAAUUCUCUAUCAGUUAAAACAAAAUCAAAACAAAAACGAUGACAUUUCUUUCGAGAUUUAUUACUGAAAUAACAUAUUAACAUGUCAAAGUUCGAAAUUCAGAAAUCUAAGCAACUUCCAUGUCAACCAGCUAUUUUUAUUAAGUAUAGUAUUAUCCAUACUGUUGUUAGGAAAAUUGUUUUAAGUAUUUUUAUCUACAAAAAAGAUUAUUAUAAAGUAAAACACGUCAAAAAAUAAUCAGUACGAAAUUGUACAAAUAUACCAAAAAUUUCAAGGAUUUUUUAAGAGUGACACUUCCAUAAAAUGGCUUGGUUUUUGAGGAUAAGCGUGACCAACUUUUGAAUGAUCUUUGUUAAACUGGGUGUCACAAAACCUGCCAUUUGAUAUUUUUUUACUACAACUACUAGUAAUAUUAGAAACAUGCAGGUUUUGUCAGAAUAAUGUAACUACAAUAACAAUGCUAAUAACACCUCUUCAGAUUUGUCAAAAAUUCUACACUUUAACUAACAAGUGCUAGAAAACUACUUUAUAAACCAGGUAGGAGUAUCAUAAUUUAACUAGAAACAGUACUAAAACAUACCUCCAUGAGCUAUAGAGACUAUCUAAAAGGUAUAUAACAUAACAAGUAAAAAGACCAUGAAAUACACUUGUAUAGAAUCGUUUACAACAUUAUUCUGUAAUCAACAAAAUUUGUUAAAAAUACCCCAAUAUUACUAGCAACACUGCUAAACACACUUGCGUAAAUCCCUCAAAGUAUUAUAAUGUUCGUAUCAAUAAAACUAGAAACAAGCGUCAAUAAAGGAAGUAUAAUACAACUACUAAAAAGAAAACUAGAAAUACGUUUAUAUCCGCCAAAACUAUUAAAAUAUAGCUGCUACCUAUGCAAGAAACUCAUUUCCUUAGUUUCCUACAAUAUAUAAAAUGUAUCUGCCAUCCAUGAUUGGGUUUCAAUACCCACAAUGGGUAGAACACAGAUAACCCAUCGUGUAACUUUAUGCUUUACAAUAAAUGAUCACGUCACGAAAAUUUAGCAAGAAAACUAAAAUACAACUAACAAAAGUAAUAAUAGAAACAUUUGAGUGACUGUCCAAAAGAACUAAAAUAUAACUACCAACAAUAUUAUGUAAACAUUUGUGUAGGUUUCUUAACAAUACUAAAAUAUAACUACCAAUAAUAUUAUGUACACAUUUGUGUAGGUUUCUUAACAAUACUAAAAUAUAACUACCAACAAAAUAAU